AAGGCAGAUCAUAUACAGUGUCAAACACGUUGUCUUUAUAUAUGAAUAAGAGCAGUGGUCAAAGAUUAACUCAUCAGUGGUCAUUAUGGCCAAAUGUCCAAUCAAGAAGUAGCUCUGCAUUAUUGGCGGUCAGUUUCAAACUGUAAGGUUGCUCUCCAUUACAUUGAAUCCUUGAAGAGAUGGAUUAAGGUCUGUUUUGUCGGUUAGCAAACAGGUUUGCAAACAAGCUCCCUUCAUGGGCCCUACAGGAGCUUACUGCCCCAGCCUUUGAUUAUCAUUCACCCAUCCAUCUAUUCCCCCAUUGACUCAGACUGCUGAGAAGUCUGACAAUUGCUAUUUGGUGCACUCCAAGUAUUCCUUUCUUUAUAUUUGGAUUCAAGGAUGGACCAAGACUGGAUGUAAACCUUCAUUUUCCUUGGUUUGAGCUGGGUAAAUACUUGAGAAUAAUUCUGUUCUUAGAGAAUGGUCUGUUUUUAUGCACUGUUUGCUGAUUGGUUGAAUAAAGCAAGGAAUGUAGAGAAGCUUUUGAACUGGUUAUGUGUUCUUGAUUGAGCAGGAGGCUACUGAGUUGACAGAACUAUAUACUUAGGAUUUAAACAUCUUGGAAACUUGACUUUGGAGGAAGUAAAAUAAGGCCAUGCAUGCAUCCAGCAAACGAUUCAAGAAAUUAUUAACCAGUAAUGGGAACAAAGUAAAUUUGAUCUGAUGAAAGAUUAGAAUAGAAGAGCUAAAGAACCGGGAGGAAUCAAAUAAGAUGAAUACUUCAGAAGAAAGUGGAGAAUGGAUUGAUCAAGAUGGACAGAAUGCCAGAAGUUUGGAAUAUGAAGAACAAGAGGAAACAGAAGAAGAACAUGAAACCAGCUCUGAGAUCGAGGAAGAGUUUUCAAGCGAAGAGGAGGAAGAAGAAGAGAUAGGAAAUGUAGAAGAGAACUAUAGAUCUGAAUCAUCUCCUCAUAUGCACAUUGUCAAUGGUCACGGGAACCAUAAUGGAAAUGACCAUGAUGGUGAUGAUGAUGAUGACCAAGAUGAUGAUGAGGAUGAUGCCAGUGAAGAAGAUGAUGGAGAUAUUGGAAUAAAAGAUGAACAUCUUAGCAAACAGGUACCACAGAACCUCAACCUACAGAACAGCAUCCAAGGAGGCAACCCCAAGAUGACCUCAUCACCAAGGGAACAUCACUUCAUGGUUACCAGGCAACGGGAUGCAGUCCCAGUGCAACAGCAGAAUGGACAUAUGGUUGCUAGGGAGGAUGAUGGUGAUGAGGAAGAGGAUGAGAUGGAGGAGGAGGAGAUAGAGCCUGGUAUUAUUGGCCCUCUUCAUAUAGACCAUGUAGACUUUAUUUUGGAUAGCAUAGAUGCAGAGCUUAGUGAUCUCAUCACAAAGAGUGCCAGAGGUUCACCAGAAGAGAGGAAGAAGAAGAAGAAGGAACAUACAAAAAAGAAAACAAGCUCCACAAAUGAAUCAGAGGGCGCUAAUCAGAAUGGACCUCAAUCGGCUAAUACCACCAUUGACAACACUCUACCUCAUGAUCAUCAGCUGCAGCCCAAUGGAAGAUACAGGAUGCUACCAGUCAACAAAAAGACAAAGAAGACAGGAAAAGGGAGAAUGAAGACCAGAAGUCAACCAUCUUUAACAACCUAUCCAAAAUUAAGGAUCAAUGAUUACAGCAUGGAUGAUUCUGUUGGAACUAAUAGUGAUGCAGAUUCAAUCACAGCUGAUGAGGUUAGGAGAAGGGUUGUCCAAUCUCUCCAUCAACAAGAAAAAUGUAGUAGCAGUUCCUUGCCACCCCACCAUCAACUCACUUGUAGCCAAGAGUAUCAUUUAGCUACCACCCCAGCCACUAACCACUUGAGCAACAUUAAUAGUAGUCACUCACAAAGUCCACCAUCAACUGCUGACAAUAGUCCAAAUGCAAAGACAUCUGAAAUGAACAAUAAUGAGAUUACAGCAAAGAAAAAAAUAACAGAAGAAAUACAAAAGGGUCGGACUUAUCCUGGAGGGAAAACACAAGAAGGGAGAAAGAAGAGAAGUAGUGUGUCAAGUAACUCCAGUAAGCAAUCAAACCAUAAGGUUUCAACUAAAAAAACAGGGACAUUGACACCACAGCAAGUGAGUGAUGAUUCUGGUGGUCUAGGUUCCAAGGGAGAUGCUAGUAAUCAUAUACUGAGGUUAAGAGACAUCUUGAACCACUGUGGUGAUUUUGGUGAGGAGUCUGAGAAGGCAUCCCUAGCAACAGAAUACCUGGUCUCACAACCAACUGGAUUACGAGGCAUCAGUGACCUGGAGUCUGUAGCCACGGAAGACUUUGAAUCUGCCUUCCAGAGGUUUGCCAUACCAGAGUCAGCAAGGAGUCACCGAGGUAAGAAACAAGGGAAGUCAAAGCAAGGAAAGAACCCAAAGCAAGCUAAUGAAUUAGCAACGGAACAACUUCAGAGAGUGAAGAAAAGUGCAGAGGAGAAAAAGAUGAAGAGGACUGUUUCGGCGCCCCCUAUUGAUCCGAGUGGUCUGCCGGAGUAUAUGUACAUGCACAAAGAGGUGUCAGAGAAUGAUGUCGGGGCAGAUUCAAUGAUAACUGAGGAUUAUGAGGCACACUUUCUAGCUAUACCUCUCAAGAAUAUCCAGACAGAGCACCCAGGAGUUACUCCCAAGAAAAGCCCGUCUCGAUCCCGUAGGAAAGGCAGCUCCAAAGUUCGGCAAGUGCAGCCCCAGAGUGAUCCUGAAUCCGUCCAGACAGAAGAUUAUGAGAAGAAGUUCCGUUCAAUUAUGGUCAGACGUCUGGCCGGAGUACCUCUCAGUAGUUUUGACUCAGUGACCAUUCAGAGUGACCUUGAUUCAGUCAAAUCAAUGGACAUCAAGAAGAAAUUCAGGAAAGCAAUGCAUAAACAUGAAAUUUCAGGUACUUCCAGCAUAGAAGAGGAAGAGAUACCCGGGUUAAAGGUUGCUCCAAAGUCCCAGAGGUCCAAGGGUAGUCGAUCAAGCAGUCUUCAAAGUCAUUCUUCAGAGUCACUCAAAAUGAAAGCAACAAGACAACAAACCAAGAAAGGUAAUCCUCAGGUAUCAACAGGCACACAACAUGGCAUGCAUCCACACCAUCCCACAAUGCAUCUGACUUCCCCUGCUAUGCACCAUUCCAGUAUGCCAAACCUUUCCACUACUGUAUUGCCAGGACACAGCCAUCCCUCAAUACACCAUCAGACUUAUGCACCACCCCCAUCAAGAGACAAGUGGAAGAGUCCACCUAGGAUCAGCCACUUAGAAAGUCAGCCCAGUCCGUUAAGAAUAAGGUAUGUAGUAACUUUGAAUUCUUGCUUGAAGUUGUCAAAGAAGGAAUUUGACAACACUAUUUGGGUUGUUAUGUGGGUUUUCACAGUUUUAUCAAGUUUGUUCAAAAAGAUGCAUCCAAACAUAUUUGUAAUUUUUCUCAUUUUUUUCAAAAAUCUUUGUUCAAAUUGAAUUUGACCUUUUCCCAAAUUACAUUACUUAAAUUUAGUACUAAUAUAUUUCAAAGUUUUGAUUGCUGAUGCAGUGUUUGUUGGUAUUAACUAGGAAAAUCUACAUAAAUUAACCAAAUAAUUAAUCCAAAUUAUCAUAAUCUUAGUUUAACAAAAUAUUUGCAGAUUAGCACUUUAAUUUGAAGUAAAAAUGAAAUGCACAUGGAAACAGCACAUUCAGAUCAUUUUUAUGUAAGUCUAAUAUUCUUUUGUCAGUCUAAGUUUAUUUGAAAAAAAUUUGACACCUUUCUUGAGUUGUGAAUUAGCUGAUGUGAGCAAGCCAAGGACAAUUCCUUCUCAUGAAGUAUUCAUUAUGUGAAACAUAAGACGUAUAAGUUGUCAUUUGCUUCAAAGUAGAAUAUUCAAGAUUGUAAAUCCUACUUUAGGUCUCUAUUCCUGACACCUGCAGUAUUUCCAUAGUCUCAAGUUACAUUGACAUUUUGGAUGUUGGUGUACCAAGGAUGUACAUAUCUGAUUGGGUCAGUAACUUGAGAGUAGCUAGACUAGAUUUUAUGCACAUAAAGAUCUGUUUUAGGUCAUUCUGCCUCAGGAACUGAAAAAAUAGACUUAUCUAUGAAAGCAUGCCUGAGUUUGCAGAGAAUGUGCACAGCAUUUAAUAUGUUGAUGAUUAGAAAGGCUGGAUCUUUAGAGAUUGUGUGUUUUGUGUAUUGAUCUCAUUCAACUUACUGCAAUUUUUAUGGAAUAGUGUCAAGAUUUUGUGUAUUCACUCAUUGUUGAUUAUUACAAGAACAUAAAAAAUAGUAAUUGAGUAUGAUGAUAUGAAAAAGAGUAAAAGCAAAAGUUAAAAGGAGAGAAAUCUACCUAAUUUAAAUUUGAAUGAAUGAUGCAGUUAACAUAAACAAUAAACAUACCUGCUAAAUUUUGCUUUAUGUUGAUUAUUUGCAAUGAUUUGUCUUUAAAAAUAUGAAACAUGUAUGUCACUUCUGCCAUAAAUUCAUUUUGAAUAGUAAUUAUGCAUAUACAUUGUUUUGAAAAUUUAUUUUCUUGUUUAGCGUGGGAAUUUCUCUGUUAUUUUUAGAUUUCUAUUUCAACCUUAACUGGUAUCAGCAAUUUUAUUUGUUUUCUUCUCUUUGAUUUUUUUUUACAAAUAUUUGGAAUGUCAUGUGUUUUUUUGUUUAAUCAUAAGCAUGCCAUCUGAAAUCAAUGGACACAUUGUCAUUUAUAAUUCUUAGUGAGAGUAGAGAAAACAAGAUUCAUGUUCACACUCCCUUUCGUUUUGAUACAAUUAAAUGGUAAUGCAGAACGUUCAACAUCCCAGUGGAAACACACCCACCAUUGUGUUAUAUCUCAUGCUAUCCUUGUAAAUUAUAUCCUCUUCCAUAUUCUCAUCACCAUCCCAAUUUGCAUGUCUCUGUGGUAUUAUCCUAUUUCUGCUGGUAUAUAAUGGAUUUAUAUUCAACCCCCUGAGAACCCACUAGUGAAAUAAGAGAUAUUUGAAACAGGCUCGCCCUAUUCUCGAGACUGAGUGAGUUGAUGAAUUUGGCGACACCAGUUCAUCAGGAUAUAAUCAAAUCAAAUUUGAAUUGAUAUUAUAGGGACAUAAAAUAGAAUAAUGUAAGGGGGUGUAUGGGAGCACACAAUUUUAUUGUUAGUAAAUGUUUCUUUUUUUAUCUUGGAAAGUGAUUUACUGAAAUAUUACUUCCAGGAAAUUUUAGAACUGUCAAUAUCAUUAAACUAUUUUAAUGCAAAAAUUUAAGCACUGUGGAAACCUUGGUGAAGCUUGUUAUUCUUGUCUUGGUACUUUCAUAAUACUUGGGUUUACUUAAUCAUGUUAAUAGUUCCGUGUUAAGUUGGUGCUUAAUACAUUUCCAUCAUAACAUGCUUUCAAAAUAUUCGUUUAACUAAGGGAAAUCAAUGAGAAUAAGUAAAAUAAGGAAGAGUUUAAGGAAACUCAAAUAUUCAGUAGAAGAUCAUUGUCUCAAAGUUAGUCCCAUUUUUAUUACCCUCUCAUACCCUCAAUAUAUAUUUGGUAUAAAUUACUGCAAAUCAUUUGAAUAAUUAGUUUUAUUUUGCAAAUUUUUUUUAAUUGUUUUAGAAUAACAUUAUCUAUUAUCAAGAAAUAAUUGCUUACACGUUUUCUGUAAAGCUAUCCCCCCUCUUGUUUUUAAGAAAAAAAGAGAGAUUU